UUCAAACUAUCCCUCAAAUUACAACUGAAUAACGUUUUAUUGCGUGUUCGUUCUGUUUUAAAAAAGUCAGAACAAUCUGGGAGUCUAGGAAAUAAAUACGUGCUUGCCACAAAAACGCGAUGGAAGAAGACCAUUUUAAACUGAACGGAGCUGAACAAAAAUGGCGACCACAAAAUCUUGUCUUUCUUUGACACAUUGUCGGCAGCGAAAAGAAGGAUGGAAUAAGAUUGUCUUGGCUCAUUUGGUUCUUGACCUGUUGCCUAGGCAUCGAUUUUUAAUCCUAGGGGAUUUCAAUCCUUUUGUAGUAGUCAAUUAAUAAUUAAUUCAUACUUUAAACCACUCGUAUGAUAUUUUGACACUUCAGGUAAUGAAAAAGACGUAAAAAAUACCCUGGUACGCAUUAAAAAGAGCCAACUUAGAAACCACACCCGAAAAGCUGAUCCCUAUAGCUCAACUUUUAAGAACUUACCGUUCCCUUGCGGUGACUUAUUGAGCAGUAAAGGGUUGAAAGUCUCCUUGAAGAAACACAAAUUCUAAACAUGUCGGACACUGAUGUCUUCUUGUUAGCGCCGAUCCGUGACUGGUGACUGUUCCCUCGGGCGUCAGGUCUUUUGUUAUAAAAUUGGCGCGAGAAACAAACUACGUUUACUUGCAUCGUGAAUUUUUUUUUGCGAAGCAUACUGUUUAUCACUUUAUCUUCCACUUUGUGUUCACCAUGUCUGGUGUUGUUAAGGCUAGAUCUCGAUCCAGAUCCAAGUCAAAAUCGCGCUCGAGGUCACGGUCGAGAUCAAGAUCCAAAAGUCCCGCUGGAAAGAUGGCGAAGAGCAGAAAACCAGCGAAGAAGGCGGCCCCUCGGCCUCCUGCAGUCCAUCCUCCGUACAUCGACAUGAUUACAGCGGCGAUUGCAGCUAUGAAGGAACGAGGUGGCUCGUCACGGCAAGCCAUUGAAAAGUACAUCAAAGCAAACAACCGAGUCACUGGAGAUAUAUCAGUGCACCUUAAAAUGGCUUUGAAGCGUGGCGUCAAGUCGGGAAAGCUACUUCACACCAAGGGAACUGGCGCUUCGGGAUCUUUUAAAGUCGGCAAAGCUCCCGCUGCACCAAAGAAAAAACCUGCGAAGAAGAAGGCAGCGGCGAAAAAACCCCGAAAGAAGGCUGGCACGCCCAAAAAGAAGCGAGCUACCAAGAAGACUGGUGCUAAGAAAGCUGCGAAGAAGAAAACUACGGGAAAGAAGGCCAAGUCACCAGCCAAAAAGAAGGCCGCCAAGAAACCGAAGGCUAAGUCAGCUGCAAAGAAGCGCACAAAAAGUCCCAAGAAACGAGCAGCGCCCAAGAAGAAGGUAGCAAAGAAAACCAAAAAGGCUGCAGCCAAGAAGUAAAGAAGAACCUCAAAGAGAAUAAAACAAAACGGCUUCUUUAGAAGCCACCAAAUAAAAGAAAAGAAAUGACCAACAAUUUUUCUCCAAGUUCUGUUUUAUUCCUUUUUCUCGUUUCGAUCACAAGUUGUUGCGAAAAUUCCUUUUACCUUCGAAGUUUUUGUUUGAACACAGAAGAUUUCCUACCCAAAUUGUUUUUUAAUCAAAUACACAAUAUAAACCGUUUUGCUCUAAGCUUUGCCCGCAUCACGGUAACCAUUUUGUAUAGGAAUUCAGUACUCGAAAGAAGCGGGACGGGGUUCGCGAAGUCUAGCACAGCCAUUAGAAGCCCUUAGAUACUUCCGUUCGACCGUUAGAUGAACCCGGGGCACUUUCCUAGAUCCAUAGGUGGGGGCCGGGUAGCCUCCCUACCACUCCUUGAGGGGUUUUUGACGUAAAUCCACAUGACGAAAAAAAAACAACUUGAUUUCUACUCGUGUACUUAAAACGCCUAUGGAGAAAAAUAAUAAUAACAAAAAAACAAAAACAAAAAAAACAGUUACUAGUUACGACGCUGCUAAAUGCUGUCCUUUCUGUGACUAGCUCCUUAACAACUGUUUUCCCCUCUCCUACAGUGGCGGAUCUAGGGGAGGGGUAAAAAAAGAAAUCACAAAAGGAAGAAAAGCCGGCAGGGCAAGUAAAACAAAACCGCUCCCCACCCUCCUUGUUUGCUUAA